AUGGUCUACUACCAAUGGCAGAGCAAAUCAUUGGAUGCUAGUAAGCCAUCCAAGUUUGUUUAUUGCUAUCAUGGUCUUGUUGGCAAUGCCCGCGAGUAUGAUACUUUGGCCCAGGAUCUUAUUCUUGCCGAUCCACAACGUGUUGUGAUCUGUCCUGAUGUACCAGGCAGAGGUGCCUCAGCACCACUACUCAACUCUGAUGAUUAUGACCUCCCUGUCUACGCCCAAGAUGCUCUUAAAUUGAUUGCUGCCACCGCCACACCAGGAGCAAAGGUGGACUUCCUCGGAACAUCGAUGGGUGCACUGAUUGGCAUGACGAUUGCAAUGAUUGCCAAGGGUGACUCACCCAUCCAGAGGUUUGUUUUCAACGACACUGGUCCCUACAUCCCAUUUGAGAGCAUCACAAUGAUUGGUCGCUAUCUUGGACAUGAGGUCAGGUUCAACUCCUUUGAAGAGGGUCUUCAAAUGUUGAAGCAGGUGCAUGCUGGCUUUGGAAAUUUGUCUGAGGCUCAAUGGAACACAUUUGCAUCCCAUGCACUCUUGGCCUUCAACGACGAGAUUGGCAAACAACUCUACAAGUUCCACUAUGACACCAAGGUUGCACUCAACUUUGCCAAGAUGACUGGACCUUAUGACCUUUGGGAGCACUGGCCUUUGAUUGCCUCAUCAGCCAAGUUCCUAGUGAUUAGAGGAGAGAAAUCCCCAUCAUUCACUACUGAUGUCUACGAGAGAAUGAUACAGCAUGAGAACGGCAAGGGUGUUAUUAUCAGCGGUGUUGGACAUGCUCCACCUUUGCUCAGCGAGGACCAAACAGGUAUUGUAAGCCAGUUCUUCAAUUAA